AUGCUAUCUAGGAGGCAACUCCUCACAUCGUCGCGGCGCGCCGCUGAUGCCUCUCUUCAGAGCAUUGCGCGGCGCUCUGCUCUACCCUCUACCUUUUCACGCGCGGCAGUUUUACACUCCACCAAGCUGCUCACACAAGCGACCUUACCAACAACACCGAUACGGUCUUAUGCUAAUGGAAGACCACAUCCUCCCGGCGGCACACAUCGAAUGAACCUUGGAGGCGAGCCAGAAAAGCCAGCACUCGAGGAAUAUGGCAUUGAUCUCACAGCCAAAGCAAAAGAUGGAAAAUUGGACCCGGUUAUCGGCCGAGACGCAGAGAUUCAACGAACCAUUCAAGUCCUGUCGCGGAGAACCAAGAACAACCCGGUGCUGAUUGGAAAUGCUGGUACGGGCAAAACCGCUGUUUUGGAAGGCCUGGCGCUACGUAUCGUCCGCGGCGACGUCCCAGAGAGCAUCAAGAACAAGAGGGUGAUAUCUCUCGACCUUGGAUCGCUUAUAGCAGGUGCCAAAUUUCGAGGCGACUUUGAAGAGCGACUCAAGAAGGUAUUGAAUGAGGUGCAAAAGUCCAAUGGAGAAGUCAUUCUCUUCAUUGAUGAGCUGCACACCCUUUUAGGCCUGGGCAAAGCAGAGGGAUCUAUUGACGCCUCAAAUCUUCUCAAGCCGGCUUUGUCCAGAGGCGAACUCCAAUGCUGUGGCGCUACGACAUUAGCCGAGUACCGACUGAUCGAGAAAGAUGUCGCCCUGGCAAGACGUUUCCAACCUAUCCUUGUCAACGAGCCCACAGUCGAGGACACUAUUAGUAUUCUCCGUGGAAUCAAGGAGAAGUAUGAAGUUCACCAUGGUGUUCGCAUCACGGAUGGUGCACUUGUGGCAGCUGCCACAUACUCAAAUCGAUACAUCACCGAUCGCUUCCUGCCCGACAAGGCAAUCGACUUGAUGGACGAGGCGGCUAGUUCGCUUCGGCUGCAGCAAGAAAGCAAACCCGAGGAUAUCAUGCGCCUGGAUCAAAAGAUCAUGACGAUUCAGAUUGAGCUGGAAAGUUUGCGACAAGAGAAGGAUAUUGCUAGUCGAGAACGACGUGAAAAGUUGGAAGCAGAUCUGAAGCAGUUGCAGGAGGAGGAGAAGACGCUUACAGAGCGAUGGGAGAAGGAGAAGGGAGAAAUCGAUGCGCUCAAGAAGAUUCAAGAGGACCUUGACAAGGCGCGUGUCGAAUUGGACCAAGCACAACGGGAGGGCAACUUUGCGCGUGCAUCCGAGCUGCGCUUUGGUGUUAUCCCAAAACUCGAGGAACAGCUACCCAAGGAGGGCGAGGAGCCCACACCUGCUGAGGGCGCUGAGGGGACGUUGAUCCAUGAUUCCGUAACGGCUGAUGAUAUCGCCAACGUUGUCUCAAGGAUUACCGGCAUCCCUGUCACCAAGCUUACAUCGGGACAUAUCGAAAAGCUCAUCCACAUGGAAGAUGCUUUGAGACAGUCAGUCCGCGGCCAGGAUGAGGCUCUCAAGGCAGUCGCAGAUGCUGUUCGCAUGCAAAGGGCAGGCUUGAGCGGUGACAACCGCCCCUUGGCCUCGUUCUUUUUCUUGGGACCAACAGGUGUCGGCAAGACGGAGCUGUGCAAGAAAUUGGCCAACUUCCUAUUCUCCACCGAACAAGCUGUUGUACGAUUCGAUAUGAGCGAGUUUCAGGAAAAGCACACCAUCUCACGUCUGAUUGGUGCGCCAUCUGGCUACGUUGGCUACGAUGAUGCAGGACAGCUCACUGAGGCUGUAAGGCGAAAGCCAUAUGCAGUCCUCCUUUUCGACGAAUUUGAAAAGGCUCACCGAGAUAUCUCAGCCUUGCUUCUUCAGGUCUUGGACGAGGGAUACCUGACCGAUGCUCAAGGCCACAAAGUCGACUUCCGCAAUACCAUCAUCGUGCUGACAUCCAAUCUCGGCGCCGAUAUUCUGGUCGGAUCCAAUUCGUCUGUGCCUUAUCAAGAGGCUGAAGACGGAUCUAUCAGCCCUGAGGUGAAGAAGGCUGUUAUGGAUGUUGUGGCUGCGAACUAUCCACCAGAAUUCCUGAACCGCAUUGACUCGUUCAUUGUGUUCAAGCGACUUGCCAUCGAGGCACUUCGCGACAUUGUGGAUAUCCGGAUCAAAGAGCUACAAUCCCGCCUUGAUGAUCGACGCAUCACGCUUCAUGUCGACGGCAAGGUCAGAGACUGGCUUGCGGAGCGUGGUUACGACCCCAAGUUUGGUGCAAGGCCUCUCAACAGACUCAUCACUACCGAGAUCGGCAACGGCCUUGCAGACAAGAUCAUUCGGGGCGAGAUCAAGCGUGGCGACAAAGCUAGUGUAAAGAUAAAGGAGGACAAUUCCGGUCUCGAGGUUUUCACCGAGGAAACUGCAUAA